AUGCCUUUUCAUGAAGCCCCGAAUGUUGAGUUAGGCUCGGCACCAAGAACGCCGAGCAUCAUAGCUUCGCCAUCUCCUUCAGAGGUUUCAAGUGCAAGCUCCUCUGAACCUCGUCAUAUUCAAGCUACUCCGUUAUUUAGGGCCCUUGCUUUACGACCUCCAGAACCUGAGCAACCACCUGGUCAAGAUGAACUAGAGCGUCGUCUUCCCGGCUAUAGACGAAUUGUUAUACCGCGGGAAUUAACUCUGAUUGAAUUACUCAAACAAAGCAGCGGAGUGACAACUGACGAAGAAGUGUUAAGAAUACGUGAAGCGAAGCUACGUGUUGUGGCUGAACGUGUGGGCCUCAGACGGCUCCAUGUUUUGGCUCCGAGACUACGGACUUUGACCCUAGAUGGCAGUGCUAUUUCUUCAUUACGAGAUCUUGGCAUAGGCUUAACUCAUUUGAAGGUCUUGAGUGUGAAUAGAUGUAGUCUAACAUCGUUGGAUGGGAUCUGGGGUCUUAGUACUCUGCGGGAACUUCAUGCAGCAGGAAACCGCCUUCGUGACUUGCAUCCUUUGGCUGUGCUUCAAAAAUUACACACACUUAAUCUUGCCGACAAUCCUUUAGAGGAGUCCAGCAGACUCUGGACGCUGGGAGUAUGUGGUUCAUUACGCCGUAUAUCGUUGAGAAGGACACCACUGUCAGACUUGAGGGAGUACAGAACCGUGGUGUUAUCAGCGCUACCAUUGUUAACUCAUUUGGAUGACAUCCCAGUUCAGGAUGAUGACAGUAUGUUUAAUGAAGCUUUAGAUACUUCAUCAGAUUCAGAAGCUGGUGUGAGUGAUAUUGAACCAGAUAGUAAUGAUUUUGCUAAAGUGGGUACAGAACCUCAGCCCGGACCAUCAUACCAGCCUGAAGAAAAAUUGGACCUACAAAUGGAGAUAGCACCAAUAAUGAUUCGAAGACGACCAGCUACAACCGAAUGCGCUGGUCUUCGACAGCGCGUUCUUCUUCCACCUAGACCAAAGACUGCCUUGGAACGCACGUCGAGCACAAUGUCGAAACUUCACGUGGUUAAUACUUCUCCAACACCCGCGUUGUCUACAGUUCGGCCAAAAAACAACGAAUGGCACUGUGGUGGCAGUAAAUUGACUUCAAAUGGUCCGGUGUGUGGGAAUCUGGCGCGAGCCUUGCGUAGACCCAGCCAAGCCAAGGCCAGCCAAAAUAGCUCAAAUUCCGAUAUAUUUGCGGAACAAACAAUGGAAGAGGCGUGUCGGGCCGUCGCUGCUGAAAUACCGCGAGCUCUGACUUCGGAAGUUUGGGAUAAGUUUAAACAAGACACAGGAAUUGAAAUCGAUAUAGACUUCACAGAGCGACCAAAAGGAGCAGAUCCCAACAAAGUGAUCGAACGCUUGGAACAAAUCGAGAAGGAAACAAUGGAGCGACUCAACAAUGAAAACCCUGAGUUGAACUUCACACGCAAUGUGUAUAAUUUUGCCUCGGAUCCUUCUAGAAUUCUAUCGAGCGCGCUGAAUGAUGAAUUGUGGCGAAACAUAGAAGACCUGGCUCUGCCGGACACACAGACCGAUAAUGACGAUUUUUUAGAUAUAGCGAGCACCUAA